CUUAAACUCCUCGUCCUCCCUCCUCCCUCUGUCGCUUGUCGACACCCACCACGAUGCUCAACCUCUCCACUCGCGUCGCAAAUGUGCGGCGGCAGGCCCAGCGUAUUGCCGCAGGCAUGGCCACCGUUGCGCCAAAAAUCGGCGACACCAAGGUCUCGAUGAGCUUGCUUGAGCCCAAUGCCUACAUCAACUAUCAGCGCAUCGAGGAUAACCUCGCCAUUGUGCGCGAUAGGCUCAAGAGGCCCCUGACGCUCUCUGAAAAGAUUGUAUACGGUCAUCUCGACGACCCGCACGGUCAGGACAUAGUUCGCGGCGAGAGCUACCUCAAGCUUCGUCCCGACCGAGUUGCGUGCCAGGACGCCACCGCGCAGAUGGCUAUCCUCCAGUUUAUGUCCGCCGGCAUGGACACUGCCGCCGUCCCCGCUACCGUCCACUGCGACCACUUGAUUGAGGCCCAGGUCGGUGGCCCCAAGGAUCUCGAGCGUGCGAUUAAGACAAACAAGGAGGUUUACGACUUCUUGGCAACGGCGACUGCCAAGUACGGUCUCGGUUUCUGGAAGCCCGGUUCUGGUAUCAUUCACCAAAUCAUCCUCGAAAACUAUGCAUUCCCCGGUGGACUUAUGAUCGGUACGGAUUCGCACACACCCAACGCGGGUGGUCUCGGUAUGGUUGCUUGCGGUGUCGGUGGUGCGGAUGCCGUCGACGUCUUGGCUCACCUGCCUUGGGAGCUCAAGUGCCCGAAGGUCAUUGGUGUGAACCUCGUUGGCAAGAUCAGCGGCUGGACGACUCCCAAAGAUGUCAUCCUUAAGGUUGCGGGCAUUCUCACUGUCAAGGGCGGUACCGGUGCCAUCGUCGAGUACAAGGGUCCUGGUGUUGAGUCGCUUUCCUGCACGGGUAUGGCAACGAUUUGCAACAUGGGUGCCGAGAUUGGUGCAACGACAAGUCUGUUCCCCUUCAACCACCGUAUGGUCGACUACCUGAACGCGACGAAACGCGGCGAAAUCGCUAAAUACGCGCAGUCGUUCGCACACAACCUUCAGGCAGACAAAGAUGCCGAAUACGACCAGCACAUCGAGAUUAACCUGUCCGAGCUUGAGCCUCACGUCAACGGUCCCUUCACACCCGACUUGGCGACGCCGAUCUCGAAGUUCAAGGAAGCUGUUGAGAAGAAUGACUGGCCUGCUGAGCUCAAGGUUGCUCUCAUCGGUUCCUGCACCAACUCGUCGUAUGAGGACAUGACUCGCUCCGCGUCGAUUGCUCGCGAGGCUGCGGAUCACGGCUUGAACACAAAGAGCAAGUUUACUGUUACUCCUGGAUCCGAGCAGGUUCGCGCGACCAUCGACCGCGACGGCCAGAUUGCGACGUUCGAGGAGGUUGGUGGUAUCAUUCUCGCGAACGCGUGCGGUCCUUGCAUCGGUCAGUGGGACAGACGGGACGUCAAGAAGGGCGAGAAGAACUCCAUCAUCACUUCAUACAACCGUAACUUCACCGGCCGUAACGACGCUAACCCCGCUACCCACGCUUUCGUUGCCUCUCCCGACAUUGUGACUGCGAUGGCGUUCGCGGGCGACCUCCGCUUCAACCCCCUCACGGACACGCUUACUGGCUCAGAUGGCAAGCCGUUCAGGUUCAGCAGCCCCACCGGCAAGGAGCUCCCACCCAAGGGUUAUGACCCCGGAUUGAACACUUUCCAGCCUCCUCCGAAGGACCGUGCCAGCGUUCAAGUCGCAGUCGACCCGAAGAGCGACCGUCUCCAAAUGCUGAAGCCCUUCGCGCCGUGGGAUGGUAAGACCCCUGAGGAUCUCCCCAUUCUCAUCAAGGUCAAGGGCAAGUGCACGACGGAUCAUAUCUCGGCUGGUGGACCCUGGCUCAAGUACCGUGGACACUUGCAGAACAUCUCUCAGAACUGUCUGAUCGGUGCUAUCAACGCUGAGAACGGCGAUGCGAACAACGUCAAGAACCAGAUCACUGGCGAGUAUGACGGUGUCCCGCAGACAGCUGCGUACUACCGCGACCACGGCAUCAAGUGGGUCGUCGUCGGCGAUUACAACUACGGUGAAGGCUCCUCGCGUGAGCACGCUGCGCUCGAGCCGCGCUUCCUCGGCGGUCUCGCCAUCAUCACCCGGUCCUUCGCGCGUAUCCACGAGACAAAUCUGAAGAAGCAGGGCAUGCUCGCGCUGACAUUCGUGGACCCGGCCGACUAUGACAAGGUGCAGCCGGACGACCGCGUGUCGAUUCUUGGUCUCCAGGAGUUCCAGCCUGGCAAGAACCUCACGCUCGAGCUUAAGCAUAAGGAUGGGUCGAAGGAUAAGAUUUCGCUCGCGCAUAGCUUUAAUGAGGGGCAGAUUGCAUGGUUCAAGGCGGGCUCUGCGCUCAACCUGAUGGCCGCGCACGCAAAGGCCAAGGCCCAGGCCCAGGCGCAGCAAUAGACGCAUGCACAGAUGCAGACGUGGACGCUGGCCUGUCGCCUGUAGAAUGGCGAGGUAGGGGGGGAAGAAAGUA